AUGUUUUCUACGAUUUAAAAAUUGGCGCCAUCAUAAAGUCAUCUGCAUAACUUUAUCACUGUUCUAUACAUUCUCUCAAGGAAAACGUCAAAAGUGUUACGAAGAGAAAAUCUUGACUGAUCUUUUGAUGGUUAGUCUUGAUCUUAAUUGACUAGUUUCGAUAGUGAUUAUACGUGUAUCGUAUAGAUGCACGCUCUCAGCUGCUCCUAGUAAAUCGUGUAUAUUGUACAUACUACGUCUGACUGUGCGAAAUUUCAAAGCUUCAGGAUUUAUUUAUAGUAUAAGUACCAUGUCGUGUCGAUACAAACCUCGUGGACCUCUUCUACGUUGGACCAUGUUAUUCGCCUUCUGAUUCAGCACAAUUACAGACGUUUCAUUUAUAACGCAUAAUACGUUUUAGUAGUCGAUGCGGUGAACGAGACAAGGAACAUUUAAUAUAUUACUUUAUAUUUCAUUCUGUUUUUUUUUUUUCCCCAUUAUUGGUGCAGUAAUCGGAGAUAAAUAAUGAGGAAGUUACGAUCGAGUAUUUUUCAUGACAUUUACAAUCAGCCAUAUGAUGAGUAUUCCAGACAUAAGUUAUACUCUAGCAGCAAAGCUAGUUUGCAACUUAUACAACGCAUGUCAUUAUUGAAAAGAUUAAAAGUUCAUAAUGGUUGUGUAAAUUCCAUAUGCUGGAAUAAUACAGGUGAUUUAAUAUUGUCUGGUAGCGACGAUCAACAUCUUGUUCUUACCAAUAUUUAUAAUUAUCAGGUUUUAACCGAUCAUAAAACAAGUCACAGAGCUAAUAUAUUCAGUGCCAAAUUUUUGCCAAAUAGCGGCGACCACCGUAUAGUUUCGUGUAGCGGCGAUGGCAUUAUUUUGUAUACGGAUUUAAUGAGAAGAACAGAAACGUUUCAUAAUCAGUUUACGUGUCAUAGCGGUACUACGUAUGAAGUAGCCACGAUACCGGGUGAACCUCAUAGUUUCUUAAGUUGCGGGGAAGAUGGAACUGUGAGAUGGUUUGAUCUCAGAGUAAAGGAAAAAUGUAAUAUCGCGAGAUGCAGAGAGGAUGUAUUAAUUUCAUGCCAAAGAGCUGUAACUGCUUUAUCUGUUAAUCCUGUAAUGCCUCAUCAAAUUGCAAUUGGUUGUUCGGAUAGUACCGUUAGAACGUUCGACAGAAGAAUACUUGGAACGCAGGCUACAGGUUGGACAGAUAACAGUGGAUCGGUAAGACCGCUAUGCAGUUUUACAGUGCCGGAAUUCGAUGGAAAUUCUUACAGGAUAACAUCCUUAAGUUACAGUCCAGACGGACAAGACGUUCUUGUCAGUUAUAGUAGUGAUCACUUAUAUUUAUUUAGCAUGAAGGACCAAGGUAAUGUACAUUUAAGAAAAGAUAUACAAAUGGGCAAGGGUAAAGGUAAAAAACAUCCAUUGAGAUCUCCUCAACCUGUACGCCGGUUGAGAUUAAGAGGAGAUUGGUCGGAUACAGGACCCGAUGCACGUCCCGAACGAGAAGGAGGUCGACGUAGUGGAACAGAAAUUGCUCAAGCUAGGCCAGUUUUACAUACUUCAUUGAUGCAGAGAAUGACGGAUGUCCUUAGCAGAAUGUUAAACGAUCCAGCUACUCGUGCGGCCUUAAGUGGAGGCGGAGAAGACAGUUUGGAAGGUGUUAUAGAUCAACAAGAAAGUAAUCAGCGUAGUAACGAUAAUAGCACGGCGUCAAAUGCAGAUGCGAAUCGUGAACAGCAACAAAUAGAAACAGAAACGGACAAUGAUGUACAAGUACAAGAAAAUACAUCGUCCCUUGAUCAAUCUGAAAAUCCAAAUAAUGAUGAAAUAAGAAACGUAGUCAGAAAUAACUCUGUACCAUCAAACGAUGCUCAAGUUUCUUGUGAUUUGGCAAUUCAAAGUUCAUCCGUUUCAACAAAUAAUUUUAAUACAGAAGAACCAAUAAACAAUGAUUUGGAUGAUGUCCAAGUGACGGAAAGUCAAACUAAUUUGUUAGAAUCAAAUAAUACGUCUACUAAUUCUGCGGAAACUAGAAGUAGCGAUGGAGAAUGUGAUACCGAGGGAGAAAGUAGCAACGCUGAGACGAGUUGUCAUACGGAUAUGGCUUCUAAAAGAGAAGAAAAUAUGAUGGAAAAUCUACAGGAUAGAUUAACGACAAUGAGAGACGGAUUUUUAGAAAGGCAUGGAAGUGAACCAGCUGUUAGUCUAACGUAUUCCGAUAAAAGUUCGACUAGGGCUACUAUAUCCUUGGGUGUUGCGGAUGAAGUUAUUCGGGAUAGCUAUCACGCAGGACCAUCUGGAAGUCAAAGUACUGAACGUCUUGAUCCAGGUCCAAGUAAUAGUUAUAAAAAACGUAUGUUAUAUAGAAGCGUUCAAGAAAAGAGUGAUGACAGUGCUUAUAUUGAUAGUGAUGACGAAGAUAUACCAUCUCAUCAUAGAUUGGUCCAUCCAGUUGAAGCUGAAAUGGACGAAGCUAUUGCAAAUGCUCGUACGUCGCAAGGCCAAGAAUCAUUCGAUGAGACGUACUUGACAGAACUUUGUGUUAAACAAAAAUAUAUGGGACAUCGAAAUGCCAGUUUCUUUAGGACCAUGAUCAAAGAAGCCAAUUUCUGGGGCAACGACUUCGUCAUGUCAGGUAGUGAUUGUGGACACGUAUUUGUGUGGGAAAGAGACACUGCAAAAUUAUGUAUGUUGCUCGAAGCCGAUCAACAUGUUGUUAAUUGUCUCCAACCACAUCCUUACCUACCAAUGUUGGCUACAUCAGGAAUUGAUUAUGAUGUUAAAUUGUGGGCACCCAUCAACGAAGAGUCGAGUUUUAACGAGAAAUUUGCGGAAGACUUGAAGAAGAGAAAUGCUGUUAUGCUGGAAGAAACCAAAGAUACGAUUACAGUACCUGCCGUUUUUAUGAUCAGAAUGUUGGCAUGCUUGAAUCAGAUACGCAGAGGUCGCGGUCGCAGCCGAAGGAGGAGCGGAGACGAGAAUGACGAAUUGCGAGGCGGAUAAUACGUUUUCAACGAUCUCACAAGUUAAAAUUAUAAAUUGAAGCCUAAGGUAACGGUGGUAUCUAUGUAUAUAGAACAUUUAUAUUUUUCGGCCUUUUAGAAUAUCAAAUUCAGAAGAAAACCGAAGAAAAAUACGUGAAGAAUUCGAUAGUGAUGUUAAAUUUCGAACUUUUCGUAAAGUUUCCGAAUAAAAAUCCAACGAGAUUAAGAAAAAAGAAAGGAAGUAAUAUGGCAGAAAUAUUUCAGAUCUAUUUCUUUCUGGUAACACGUUACAUUUAUAUGAUAAAAUUCUUAGUAUAUAAUACCUGUAAUACUCAUUAAUACGAAUUAAGAAUUAUUUGAGGUAGAGUUUGUGCCUGAACUAAAAUUUAUUCAUUUAUUUAGUACAUUUAACAUAUUCGCUAUUAACGUUAAGAAUGUUUUUAUCUGAUGCAUGAGACUUAUUGUUCCUACGUACUCAUUGUUCAAUAAAUAGCGAAGAUAAUUAACGGAAGGAUUAGUUGCAAAGUUAAAUUCUUAACGUAGUACUUUGAUAGCGAAUGUGUUGAAGGAUUCUUCGUCGACGAUACGUUUAUUGUAUUUAUAAUAACGCUCUAUUUACCAUUUCGUCGUACGUCAUUAAUUCGGUUGUUAAUAUCGGGUGUUAUUAGUACCGUAUAAUUGUGUUUUCUUUUGCCUUUUAGCCUUAUUGAAGCAAGAAUAGCAUUUACGAUGACUAAAAGACGUUGAUCUGCUGUGUUGGAACGUAAUAAACAAAAUUCUUUGUAUAUGCUUGACGAAUAACAUAAAUGUAGGUAAACAUACGUUGUACGAGGAGAUACAACGAUAAACUAGAGCGGAUCUGGGCACGGAAGUUUAUUUUGGAAUCUUAUCAUCCGAUCCCGCCACCAUCCACUCCGUUCAAUCGAGCAAGACAAGGAUUUUAUUCGUAAUAUUUUUUUCUAUCUUCUUCUUUUUCUAUAUCGCUCAACCUAUCAUCCACCUCAUGUUUCGGAGAACGAAGUUCGAUCAUACGUAAUUAUUCAUCGUGUAAUAAACUAUUUCGAAAUGUAAAUGAAAUCGAAGAUCGGUAAGCUAAGUUAUAAGAUUUAGAUAAAGUUUUUAUCCGUGGCCAGGUCUGGACUAGAAAGAAGAAUGUUCUAACUUAAACGUAACGUAGGUACAUACAAUAACCGUGCAAUAAGAAAAUCGAUAUAUAAAUAUAUAGGUAUAUAUUUAAAUAUAUUAUAUAUGUGUAUAUAUAUAUAUAUAUACACAUGCUUUUUCUGGUUGUUAAAAAGAUACACAAGUAGGAUGGCAAAAUUUUCGAAAGGAUUUUCUCUGUUUAACAUUUAUAUAAAGAAAAAGGAAGCUCGAUAAUAUUGUUGAAAAUUACAAUUAGAAAUAAGAGAAAUGCAAUGUAACCGUGAUUGUCCAUCUAGUCCAAUGGGACAAAACGAACAAUCAGGCGUGCCUUAAAAUGGCAAAAAAGCCCACGCGUCUCGGCUUCUUUUGCAAACACAAAAAAAAAGAGAGAGAAAAGAAAUAAAUAAAAAGAAAAGAAAUGGGUUCAUGUUCGCGGCAAGUAAGCCUUAAAAAUUAUGGUAGCAAUCCAAUUGCGCUUCCACCUUUUAACGAUAACACCACGUAAAGGUAGUUUGUUUAGCCGUGUAUUAAAUAACGAGCAUUAUAUAAUUACGGAUCCAAUGUAUGUUCCGUAAAUUAAAUUGAUUUUAUAAAAGAAAUAUUAUAUUGAAAAUGGUACAAGAAUAGAAAGAAAGAGCAUCGUUCGCGAUUGAAAUUUUGUAAUGCAUGCGGCACAACGAAGAAAGAAAAAUUAUGAAAAAUCUUAUAUAACGUAUAAUGUGUAAACGGUUUGUUCCUUUUCUUUUUUUCUUUUUUCUUUUUUUUUUUGCAAUAAAAGUUUAAAACAAUUUACCUUUCCGUUGUUACUUCACGUACGAUUCUUCUGCUUUUCAAAAGCGCCGUAAUAUUUGGUCGAUUUUCACGAUAGUAACGCGACAAUCGAAAUGAGAGAGUUUCGAUUUAUCGAUUAUAAGCUAAAGCCAGCCAGGGGGUUGGCGCGCAAUACAAAAUGUCGGCAGUAUUUCACGGAGAUGUAUUUCUUUCCUUUUUAUUUCUCUUAACAUGGGGGACAAAAAUUUUUGUAAUCAAUCGCUUAUCCGCUUACCGUAAAUCCAUAAUAUCUGUAAUAAUAAAUAGAUUAUAUUAAAUAUACCGAUGAGAGAAGAUUUAAUAAUUAACUUUUAGUAUUGGCGUUUCCUCGAGAUUAUACAUAUACGGUGCCUCGGUUCUUUCGAUCGUUCGAAGACGAAGAUUUUUCAUCGAACGUGUUAUUUCUCUCUCUCUCUCUCUUUCUCUCAUACACACGUACACAGAGACACUCACACGUACGCAUGUUACUUCUUUCUUCUUCUUCCUUUCUCGUACACUUUUCUCGAGCCGAAUGAGACUAUCUACGUAUUAGAAUUUGAACGAAAAACAAUUUUUACUUUAAAAUUUUCUAAUAAAUCUUUUUUUCUCGUACGCGUAAGACCACGUACAUAAAUACACACACACACACACACACACACAUACUUACUUUCCCUUUCUUUUUCUUUCGAAAAAUGGCCGUUACUCACAAAUUAUUAUUUUCCAUCAAUAGCGAUACGUAAUGAUCGCAAUAAUAAUCGUGACGAUUGUAACGAUGUCGACGGUAAUAAUAAUAAUAAUAAUAAUAUAACAAUAACAAUAGUAAUAAUAAUAAUAAUAAUAAUCAUUCUAUUACGAUAAUCAAUCUUAAUGAUUAUUAGAAUCUAUAAAGACGUUAAUCGGAGCACAGCUCGGCUUUUAUCACGAGCCAUAUAUUAUUUUUCAUUAAUGCGGUUUACGUAAAGAGAAAGAGUCGAUUCAAGCCUCGAGAAUUUUUUUUCUUUCUUAAUCAAAGUCUAAUAUACUUACAUAUUUAUAUUCUAUUGAAUUAAUAAGUUACUCGAGUCAAGAGUUUUUCUACCAUUUUUUAUAGACUCUAUCCCUUUUUCUCAUUCGUUUUUCUUUCGAAAAUUCACUUUCGAAACUCCUUAGCGAGCAAAAAUUAAUCUAAUUGGCCAGCCAAUUGUAAAUGCAUGUACAAAAGCAAAACUGUUUUCAAAUGCGAGUCGAGUUGAAAAUAUUAAGUUUAUUUCUACUCAUCGUAGAAAGAAAAGUUUUAAUGAAAAUAAACGCUAAAACAUUUCAUAAAAGUAUAAUUACAUAGUGUAACAAUGAAAGUUCCGUGUGCGAGAACAAAGCUUUUCUUCUUUCGCUCACCAAGUCGUUUUCAUUUCGUAUAGUUAAUUUCGUUUUAUAUAUAUAUAUAUAUAUAUAUAUAUAUAUAUAUAUACAUACACACACAUACAUAUAUAUAUACUAUAAAUAUACGUAUGUAUAUGCUACUUGGAAUAACACGCACACACUCGUAAUGAAACGCAAUACACUUACACCAAAAACAUACUUAUCAUCGAUCCAUUGAUCGUAACGAUUUUUUUUUGGGCUAUCCAGAUCUAAUAUCGGUAGCUUACGCAUAUGCACACAUACACACAUACACACACACAGGACACACAUAUACACAUGCACACAUACACACAUAUAUAUGCAUUUUUCGUACCGACAUGAGAGCAUGACGAGAAACACCGAUACAGAAUAAGGGAUUGUUCUUCUUAGUUUCUUUUUUUUUCUUUUCUUUAUUUUAUUUUUUUUUUUUUUUAUUAUAUCGUUUUCAUAUUCGCUAGGCGAAUUAGAUAAUAGGCACCGUAGGAACGUUACGAAGAUAGAACAUCGAGGAAGCGCGCCAUUAAGAGAAUUUCAACGAGACGUGGAUAAGAUCGUUUAAGAAGUCGUACGAUAAGAACGUAGGUAUUAUAGAUAUUCUUCGUUCGUUUAUAAGGAAACGAUAGAAGGAAAGAAAACAAAACAAAACAAAAGGGAAAGGAAAGAAAACAUAAACAAGAAACAAACUUCUUUCGAUCAAUCACACACACGUUCGUUCGCGAAAGUAUCAUCGGCCAAUCGCGUUGAUUCUGCGAGGGACAAGUGUAAAUACGAGUCUCGACGUUUUGCGACGAUGAUAGAUUGGAAGAAAGUAAACGAAAAUUAAUAUUUAUACAUACACAUAUAUAUAUAUAUAUAUAUAUAUAUAUAUAUAUAUAUAUAUAUUCAAAAAACAAAAA